AUGUCAGACGAGCUAGGCGCCAUCAAGUCUCAAAUACAAGACCAUCUAGUUUCGCUGGGGAACUACGAUGUCAUCUCCAAACAGCUAAAGCUCCGGUUGUAUGAGUCCGGCUGGUUUGACAGUGUCACACAAGCGGCCAGCGCCGAGUUGGAAAAACAGCAUGCGGAGCCGCUCAACUUUGAGCGACUCUAUGAAACUCUCCGGCCUCAGGCUGAGAAAAUGGUGCCACCGCAAGUUCGGGAGGAUGUCAUGGCUAAAAUCAGAGAGUAUUUGGAUAGCACGAUCGAAUAA